UUUCCUUACCUGUUCAGGAGUCUUAUGGCUUGGGGGUAAAAACUGUUGAGAAGCCUUUUUGUCCUAGACUUGGCACUCCGGUACCGCUUGCCAUGCGGAAGCAGAGAGAACACUCUAUGACUGGGGUGGCUGGGGUCUUUGACAAUUUUUAGGGCCUUCCUCUGACACUGCCUGGUGGAGAGGUCCUGGAUGGCAGGCAGCUUAGCCCCAGUGAUGUACUGGGCCGUACACACUACCCUCUGUAGUGCCUUGUGGUCAGAGGCCAAGCAAUUGCUGUACCAGGCAAUAAUGCAACCAGUGCAUGCUCUCGAUGUUGCAGCUGUAGAACCUUUUGAGGAUCUGAGGACCCAUGCCAAAACGUUUCAGUUUCCUGAGGGGGAAUAGGCUUUGUUGUGCCCUCUUCACGUCUUGGUGUGUUUGGACCAUUCUAGUUUGUUGUUGAUGUGGACAACAAGGAAUUUGAAGCUCUCAACCUGCUCCACUAAAGCCCCGUCGAAGAGAAUGGGGACAUGCUCGGUCCUCCUUUUCCUGUAGUCCACAAUCAUCUCCUUAGUCUUGGAUACGUUGAGGGAUAGGUUGCUAUUCUGUCACCACCCGGCAAGGUCUCUGACCUCCUCCCUAUAGGCUGUCUCGUCGUUGUCGGUGAUCAGGCACAUCAACACACUGUUGUAUCGUCUGCAAACUUAAUGAUGGUGUUGGAGUCGUGCCUGGUCAUGCAGUCGUGGGUGAACAGGGAGUACAGGAGGGGACUGAGCACGCACCCAUGGGGAGUUCCAGUGUUGAGGAUCAGCUUGGCAGAUGUGUUUCUACCUAACCUCACCACCUGGGGGCGGCGCGUCAGGUAGUCCAGGAUCCAGUUGCAGAGGGAGGUGUUAAGUCCCAGGAUCCUUAGCUUAGUGGUGAGCUUUGAGGGUACUAAGGUGUUGAACACUGACUUACAGUCAACGAAUAGCAUUCUCACAUAGGUGUUCCUUUUGUCCAUGUGGGAAAGGGCAGUGUGGAGUGCAAUAGAGAUUGCAUUAUCUGUGGAUCUGUUUGGGCGGUAUGCAAAUUGGAGUGGGUCUAGGGUUUCUAGGAUAAUGUUGUUGAUGUGAGCCAUUAACAACCUUUCAAAGCACUUCAUGGCUACGGAUGUGAGUGCUACUCGUCUGUAGUCAUUUAGGCAGGUUGCCUUUGUGCUCUUGGGCACAGAGACUAUGGUGGUCUGGUUGAAACAUGUUGGUAUUACAGACUCAAUCAGGGACGUUGACAAUUUCAGUGAAGACACCUGCCAGUUGGUCAUCAUAUACCCGGAGCACAAGUCCUGGUAAUCCAUCUGUCCCCCGCAGCCGUGUGAAUGUUGACCUGUUUAAAGGUCUUUCUCACGUCGGCUACGGAGAGCGUAAUCACACAGUCGUCCGGAACAGCUGAUGCUCUCAUGCAUUCCCGUUACUUGCCUCGAAGCGAGCAUAGAAGUGAUUUAGCUUGUCUAGCAGGCUCGCGUCACUGGGCAGCUCGCGGCUGUGCUUCCCUUUGUAGUCUGUAAUAGUUUGCAAGCCCUGCCACAUAAGACAAGAGUCAGAGCCGGUGUAGUAUGCUUCAAUCAUAGCUCUGUAUUGACGCGUUGCCUGUUUGAUGGUUCGUCACAGGGCAUAGCAGGAUUUCUUGUAAGCUUCCGGGUUAGGGUCUAGCACCUUGAAAGCGGCAGCUCUAGUCUUUAGCUCAGUGUGAAUGUUGCCUAUAAUCCAUGGCUUCUGGUUUGGGUAUGUACGUACAGUCACUGUGGGGACGACGUCCUCAAUGCACUUAUUGAUGAAGCCAGUAACUGAUGUGGUGUACUCCUCAAUGCCAUCGGAAGAAUCCCGGAACGUGUUCCAGUCUGUGAUGACAAAACAGUCCUGUAGUUUAGCAUCUGCUUCAUAUGACCACUUUUUUAUAGACCGAGUCACUGGUGCUUCCUGCUUUAAUUUUAGCUUGUAAGUAGGAAUCAGGAUAGAGUUGUGGUCGGAUUGACCAAAUGGAGGGCGAGGGAGAGCUUUGUACGCGUCUCUGUGUGUGGAGUGCAGGUGAUCUCGAUUUCUUUUCCCUCUGGUUGCACAUUUAACAUGUUGAUAGAAAUUUGGUAGAACUGAUUUAAGUGUUCCUGCAUAAGUCUCCGGCCACUAGGAGCGCCGCCUCUGGGUUAGUGGUUUCCUGUUUGCUUAUUUCCUUAUACAGCUGACUGAGUGCGGUCUUAGUGCCAGCAUCUGUCUGUAGUGGUAAAUAAACAGCCAUGAAAAGUAUAGCUGAAAACUAUACUUAACUAAACUCACUUGACUCUGAAGCUAAGCAGGGUUGGUCCUAGUUGGUCCCUGGAUGGGAGACCAGAUGCUACUGGAAGUGGUGUUGGAGGGCUAGUAGAAAGCACUCUUUCCUCUGGUCUAAAAAAACCAUCACAAUGCCCCAGGGCAGUGAUUGGGGACAUUGUCCUGUGUUGCGAGCUGUCUUUCGGAUGGGAUGUUAAACAGGUGUCAUGGCUCUCUGUGGUCACUAAAGAUCCCAUAAGAGUAGGGGUGCUAGCCCGGUGUCCUGGCUAAAUUCCCAAUCUGGCCCACAUACUAUCUUGACCACCGAAUUAUCCCCAGGUUCCAAUUGGCUCAUUCAUCCCCCCUCCUCUCCCCUGUAACUUUCCCCAGGCUGUUGCUGUAAAUGAGAAUGUGUUCUCAGUCAACAUACCUGGUAAAAUACAGGUAAAAUGAAAACCUGAAAGCUUCAUUGCGAAGCUGCCAAUCUUUACAUAACUGUUCUCUUUGAAAGAGUAUUGCUUUUCAGCCCAUUAAUAUGUGUAACUUGUUAUUAUAUAGUAGUUAUUGAUGAAGUGGCAUCAAAAUGCUAAUAGAUUAUUCCAAACCUGAGCCACAACCACAUGAACUCAUACAGUAACAAUUAGAGUUUUGUUGCUACAGUUCUCAUCAAGUCUUAGCAAAAUGCUAAUGCACAUAUGUUAUAUCAACCUUGGGCACAUGGGAAAAUAAAUCUUAGGAUUACAGUACCCUGUUAUCAUUGACAUGACUGUUCUCUUGGGAAGGCAAUGUCUGUUUGCACACUAUUUACAAAAACAUAUUGAAAUUAGACGUUGGUAUGUCACUCCCUCCUACACAUAUAUAAUAUCAAAUGUAAACACAGCAAUGUUUUGCAUUUUAGUUAACCGUUACCAUGCAGUCUCACCUCCUCAUGUUUGCAGACCACUGUUCAAUGCGUCUGCUGUACACUCAGACAGGUCUGCUUGACUACUAUAUAUGCUGGCACGUAACAGAUCUUAAAUUACCACCCUUGGCUGAGCUCUCCAAUUCCUGAUUAAAAAGAAAUACACAUCUACAGCCAGGUUCAAGGCCAUGGUGUGGGUGAAAAGUGAGGUGAUUCUGUCCGUCUACAUCAUCACUUUCUUGAUUGGCCUGCCUUCCAACAUCCUGGCACUCUACGCCUUCAGCGUCAAGAUCCACAAAAAGCCCACUCCCACAGACAUCCUCCUGCUCAACCUGAUCGUGUCCGACCUCCUCUUUCUUCUCUUCCUGCCUCUCAAGAUGUACGAGGCGGCCUCCGGCAUGCAGUGGUACCUGCCCGAGUUCCUCUGCUCCAUCACUUCCUACACCUUCUUCUCCACUAUCUACACCAGUUCUCUCCUGUUGAUGGCUGUCAGUGUGGUCCGGUACCUGGCGGUUGCCUUCCCCAUCACCUACCGCCAAAUCAACAAACCUUUCUAUUCUGUGGUGGCCAGCACAAUCAUCUGGCUUCUCACCACUGCCCACUGCAGCAUCGUGUUCAUCAUCCAGCACCACCAGGACCUCCCCCCAAGCAACACCUCCGUCUGCUACGAGGACUUCACCAAACAACAGCUGACCAUCCUCCUCCCGGUGCGUCUGGAGUUCUUCGUCAUGCUCUGCUUGGUUCCUCUCAUGGUUUGCAUCUUCUGCUACCUCCGCUGUAUCUGGAUCCUGUACACGCUCCCCAGGAUCAGCCCAGGCCAGAAGCAGAAGGCCAUCGGGAUGGCGCUGGGUACUCUGGCCGUCUUCCUUGUGUGUGUCUUUCCCUACAACUUCUCCCAUGUGCUGGGUUUCUUCACAGGGCACAGCCCCCCGUGGAGGUACUACACCCUGCUGCUCAGCGCCUUCAACACCUGCCUGGACCCUAUCAUCUUCUACUUCUCCUCUUCCACCUUCCGCAUCACUAUCAAGAUGUCCAUCUGCAAGAUGCUGGGACUGCGACAUGGUCAGGCUGCGAUCCAAAGGGAAUGCACAAUAGCCGAUAUUGGCCAAGAGUAGAAAAUGUAGUCACCUUACUCCAAGUGCCCUUUGGGUAAUUUUGUCAACAAUAACUAUUCAUUUCACCAAAUGUUUUAAUUCUGUCAUAGAGAUCAAACGUUCAACUUCAUAAAAAAACAUGUUUUCCCAUCUCAAGAUGUUCAAUUGAGAAGAAUAACUAUGCAAAUUCAAAUUAAAGUGACGGGAUUGACCGCAAUAGGGUUAACAACAUCUUAAAUCAGCCAUAACUUCCUUUGUGACGGGGAAUGGAAGCAUUUCUAGUAACUUGUUAAAAACAUUUCUAGCCUAUCUAUCUAUGGGUAACACAGGGUCAAUGGGUUAUGCUUGACGCGCUCAGUUUCCCAGCACAAAACACCAGAAAAUGGCCUAAAAUAGAAAGAACCAGCUCACCUGCUUUUACACAAUGAUAUGGCUAUAUUACUAGAUGGUACAUUUUUCUUUUUGAUUCAAUCAUUUAAAAAUGAAUCGUUUUACCAUAUUUAAACGAGAGUUCAGUUCAUGUUACAGGGUUAACAUAAACCUGAGGGACAAAUGUAAAUGAAUCAUGAAAUAAGUCAAAAUUGUCUGAUAUUACUUUCCUAGAGUAACAAAAUAACUCGGACUUGUAAUUACGUAGAUAUAUGUCUUCCUAGAAGGUGAACAAACAUGACGUUGGAUAAGCCAAAACGGGGAUUUUCAGAGAAAAUUAAAACCUUUACUUUAAUGAAAACACACUGCUAUUAGAAUGUGUAAAUUAAAAAUUAAAAAGGCUUAGCUUAGUUAGAGCAUAGAUGUAUGUCAUCCUCAUGUUAAAUUGAGUGUUUUAUUGAAAUGACCAAAGGCACUCUAUUCGUGGAACGACCCAGCUAUAUAUUUAAGAUAUUUAAUUGAAAUAUAUUUCAAGAUAAUAUGUAGUUUCUGUUUUAAAAACUUCUGUGAACUGUACCUUUUUUUUGUUGCCAAAGUCAUUCAUAUUUAAAUGUUCAAAUGUUUACAUUCCAUUUACAAAAGUGAGCACUUCAUACAUGAUUCAUUUGUUUCGUCACAGUAGCUUCUGUUACCCUUUUGAAUUGCACACUAUGUGAAAGCUUGGUUGUUAUCCUUUAAAUGAUUCAUUUGUCUGGUUAGAGGUAUGUUCUAUGUGACCCAUUUGAAUUGAAACAUAAUGCUACAUAUUUUCUUUCUGUAUUCAAGAGUUUCAAGGCUGAAUGUAAGAAAGAGUAUAAAUGUUUUACUGUUAGAGUUAUAGCUUUAUUAAAAUGACACGUAAACUGCUCAGGCAUAACCAAACAUUUGUAUUCAUCUUUGGUUCUCAAUUACCUAGUACAGUUUCUAUAUUUCAAUGAUAUGUCUAUUGGUGUAAGCUUGAUUCUUUAAUCGUGUUGGAAUUG